ACAGUGUUGACUACUGACUCCCACAUAUAUUGCAUCUACAUCUGCCGCGCCUGAAGACAGUCUAGAACCGAUUCUGACCCGCUUUUGCAGCACCGCCACUCACCAUAACAUGAUGAUCGAUCCCGCUAUUCUUUCGUCCAAAUUCCCACACCGUCGUGUUCUACAUUACUGGAGUAAAGCAACACUCUUUGCGAACCCAGUCCUUUCUUGGGUACUUCACUCGUCUGGCAAUAUUCCUGUAGACCGGAAGUCGAAGAACCGUCAAGAUCUAUUCCGGGGAACUAUCGAAGCCCUUGCACGGGGCGAUGCAGUUGCGCUUUUCCCGGAGGGCACGUCUUACACAGAGCCGAGGAUCAUGCAGGUAAAAGAUGGUGCCGCCUGGGCUGCACUAGAAUACACCAAAUGGGCGGCGGAAAACGGAGUGAAGGGGCCUGGGGUCCGGAUCAUCCCCGCCGCUAUCGUGUAUACGAAUAAGUCCAAGUACCGAAGCAGUGUCAUCAUGACGUUUGGUGAACCGGUUUCAAUGGAUGAGUACAAAGAACAAUUCUUUUCGGAUUUAGAAGGGGCGCCACGCGCAGCGGCAAAGCGCCUCACACGUGCUAUCGAGAGGGAGCUGGUUGAGGCAACCAUCAAUGCUCCUGACUGGGAUACCCUUUACAGUGCUCGAAUGGCAAGGGAUCUUCUCUGGGAAGAUGAGCGCUCAAUCGACCUCGAAGAAUUUGUCACGAUUUCGCAGACUCUAGUUGAUCUUUUUUCCACAACGGACGCCACUGCAAACUUCUCGACUGUUCGGCGCCAUCUUUUGGGUUAUUAUUCACUUCUUCAAUCUACUAAUCUUACGAACUCCGUCUUAUCUUCACUUCCACUUCCGCCAAUGCUAUCUCCUUCUCACCCAACCCCUCUUCCGUCACGGUUGUUAACACUCUCUGUGCUUAUUCGCGACACGCUUGCUGCCCUCACUCGCCUUCCCUUCUUCCUCGUUCCCCUUUUACUUCACACACCGGUAUAUGUCAUGGGUCGAAUUGGCGCUGGUUUAGUCGAGCACGAAGAGGAGACUCAGGCACAGAACAAAGCUGUUUUUGGCUUGUUAUCGUGCAUGAUGAUUUACCCUGCUACGUUCUGGGCGCUCUGGGCGAUGCUCUGGUACACAGGCACUGGUGCUCUUGUAGCAGCGUUCACAGUCUGGGCGUUUGCAUAUUAUCAUAAUAGAUUAAUCAAUGAUAUCUACAUGAAUCUCAAGCGUGUGAUUGCAGCAUGGCGAGUUCUUGUUGGUGUCUGGGCACCUAGGCGAUGGGAGCUUUCUAUGUCUGCAUUGUCUCAAUAUACAACCCCGCUAGUACCUCCUGAGAACCCUUGGAUCGACAAGAAUCGUGCAAACUCCUCCACUCCGGGCGCAUCAUCGGGGACGCUACGCUCCUUACCAACACAGUUUGCCGAUGAGCCGCCAGUCAAGAUCGCACCCCGUCGAAGGCCUUCGUCAAGAAGAAUCAUGAAGCAUUUGCUCCGGGCACGUGGAGAGGCUGUGAAGGCUCUCGCUGGGUUCCUGACGACCCUAGAGGCAAGCGGAGAUGGGAAGAAUGUGAUCGCGAGCAUCCACUUGGCAAAGAGGUUCGGCUGGGUUGAAGAAAAUUCACCCACCUCUUCGACAGACGAUGGGAGAGAUGGCGAUGCAUUACCUGACGCCAAGGGAUACAGGCGAGCACGCGAGGUGAUCGCAUUUCUUCGUGCUCGUGGUGCGAAGAUCGCAACUUUGGAUAGGAAGAUCGAGGGAGACUGGGCACUCAGUAGUGAUGACGAAGGUACGCCAGGUGACAGUGAGAAAGAUGAGGAAGACCUGGUGUGGAUGCCGAGUAGCACAGGUCUCAAGCAAGAGGAAGACUAGCGUACACAUGCUAGGAUGAUCGAGGGAUGUGUGUACUUCUGGGACUCAUACUUAAUCAAGGGUGACCUUUGCCUCGCAUCGAUUUGGCUGCUAUAGGUUGCAUUCUUGUCACCCCUCAUUUGUUCCUGCCAUUUCGGGGAAGGUACACAACUAACAGCACCCCGUUUCCACCCGAAGACAUGGUCUCAGCCCUGAAGAUCUCCUAUGUAUGGUCAAUUUAUCUUUUAGGAAAUAUUCCGGUACUCGGACGGCAAUUAACGA